GUUAUAUUUUAUUUUGAAAAUGUUACUGUCAUUUCCCGGAAAGGACGUUACCGUUUCAAACUCUACGACUCGUCGGUGAUAUUUCGUGAUGGACGUAUUUCCAGUGGUGGUGGUCCAUGGAGGGGCGGGUCACAUCCCAAAGGAGCGGUCAGAAAAGUCCACUGCUGGGGUGUGCGCAGCAACCCGAGCAGGGUACUCCAUCCUGCGGGGAGGGGGCAGCAGCAUGGACGCUGUGGUAGAGGCUGUGACCCAGCUGGAGAAUAACCCCGCCUUCAAUGCAGGGUGUGGGUCAGUGCUGACCGCCAAGGGAACUGUGGAGAUGGAUGCCAUAGUGAUGGACGGGAAAACACUGGCUAGUGGUGCAGUGUCUGCUGUAUGCAACAUCGCCAACCCUGUCCAGCUAGCAAGACUGGUCAUGGACAAGACGAGUCAUGCAUGUCUGACAGCAGAGGGUGCCAAUCAGUUUGCCCGGUCAAUGGGUGUGCCUGAGGUGCCCCUUGAGUCCCUUAUUACCGAGUACUCCCGCAUGCGCUGGAAAAAGAACCUGGCACCUGAUGCCAACCCUGUGGAGUGCCAAAUGGGGAAGAUGGGCACGGUUGGAGCAGUUGCAGUUGAUAGUGAGGGCAACAUAGCCUGUGCUACCUCCACUGGUGGGAUCCUGAACAAGAUGGAGGGACGGGUGGGCGACACACCCUGCAUAGGGAGCGGAGGUUAUGCUGACAACCAGGUGGGAGCUGUUUCAACUACAGGCCACGGAGAGGCUAUCAUGAAGGUUACUCUAGCCAGACUCAUCCUGUUCCACAUGGAGCAAGGUCAGUCAGUGGAAGCUGCCAGUGAUUCAGCUCUGGCCUACAUGAAGUCCAGAGUGGGUGGGCUGGGCGGGGUGGUGACAGUGGACCCUCAGGGCCGCUGGGCCGCUCGCUUCUCCAGCCUGCAGAUGUCCUGGGCCGCAGCUCGGAAAGACACCCUGCACUACGGGCUGUACGCCGGAGAACACUUCACCCAGAGCAUCGACGACCCGCUCUGACAGCAGAGACAACACAGAUAGGUUUCAUAGCAUUACGCAGAAAUUUUGCACCCAAUCAAGAACAUUACUACUUAAUACUACCGAUUAAUGUUACUAAUAGUGCUUUUGUUAACUGUGUAAUAGAACUUAGUAAAGAAACAUACAGAUUAGGCCCCAUCAUGAAAUUUUCUCCAGCACGCAGACGGUUUACAGCCCCGCCCAGUCUAAAGACUGACAGGACUGUCUCACGUAGAGAUGACGUGUGGACUCUUAGUGACGCUGGAGCAGCUUCCUGAAGAGCUCAGUGACCUCAGACCUGGAGUCAUGUCCCAGUCUGCAGACAGGCUGUCAUUAUAAUCCAUCAUCUGACAACAUGCACGAUAUCAGACACAGACGUGACUGGACGGGACAGGGUUUUUAUCAACAUCAAACCAGUUUUUUAGGCACAAAUCAGCAAAACAUCACUUUUUCAGCAACUGUCUUAAGAAUAAAAGUUUGAUUCUUGAACUGCUUUUACUGUUGGACCAGGGAGAAUCUUUACGUCUUAAAAUAAUCUGUAACUAAGUAGAUACUGAAGUACUUAAUCACAUUUUUUAAGUACUUAUACGUCACUUGAAUUUUCCAAUUUUUGCUAUUGAAUAUUUUCACUCCAUUACACUUUGAAGGCAAAUAUAGUACUUUUUACUCCAUGUAAUAUUUUAAAGCUGUAGUUACUUCGCAGAUUUUGAUUAUUAAUAUACCAUGUGAAUGAACCAAUAAAGCAAAGUAUAAUGUUUUACUAUAGGUAAAGCUACUACAGUAUAUAAAGUCAUUUAAAUGAGCACCACCUUAGUACAUUAGUAUUUUAACUUUUGGUACAAAGUAUAUUUUGAUGCUACUACUUGUGUACUUUUACUUGAGCUUGUACAAGAGUAU